GUAGACGCUCAAUGAGUUUAGACAUCAAACAAGCGGGAAUUAAAAAUAAUUGAAAAUUAAAGAUUUUCGUGUUUUUUGGAGUUGAGAAAAAAAUUGAAAAAAAAAUUGAGGGAAAUUUUGAUUAAUUCAAAAAGAUAUAAAAACAAAGUAAAGGAAGUGAUAAAGCCGAACGCCUGGAGUAACUUUUUACUUACUUAUCGAUUUUCUUCCUCCUUCAAACUCCUUAAAUAUCACAUCUUUUUAUUAUUUUAACGAUUUUAAUGGUUUUCAUGUGAGUGCCUGUGACACAGAAGCAGAAGCAUAAAAAAUACUUCUUUUUAUUGAUUAUUGAAUCAAAUAAAUAUAAAGCAGACAUUACAUUUAAAAUUUAAUCAUCAGCAUCAUAUAAGGCGGAAGCAUAACAAGAGGAAUAAAAUCCGUUUAUGACGACAAUGAAAGGAAUGACUUCUAAAUUGCUCAUAUUUCUUACAACAUGUGUGCUCGUUCUAGUACAUGCUGAUGUUGGUGGAAGAGAGAAUGCUGAGUCAUACAUAACGAAGGAAGCAGCCAAAGAAUUAAGAAAUAAAUUAAGCCAUAUUAAGAACGAUGGGAAUGGUGAAGAGCAACAGGACGAUUAUGAUGAAAUUUUAAAGGAGAUAAUCCACUCGAUACAGAGUAAAGGGUCGAAAGAGCAACAUCAGAAGCAUCCGCAGAUAUUUUAUGAGAAAAAAUAUUUUGAUUAUUUGCCAAAUGAUAUUUCGGAUUCUGAUGAUGCAACGAGUGAGGAUUUAAGUCACGAGUUGGGAAAGAAAAAUAAUGAAUAUAAUUCAUUUGAAGACGAGCAGCAUAUGGCAAUAACUGUGGAUGAUGAAGAGAAAGAAAAGCCAAAAAGUGGCAAGAGAAUUGUUAAACGAGAUGUGACGCAACAGGAUGGAGACCAUAAAGCAAGAGUGAAGCGACAAAACUUUUAUUACGUUCCACUGAAUCAUUAUAAUCCUUUCCCUAGAUUUCAUUAUUACUAUCCAUCCCAAGAUCCUUUCUUUACCGACAUUUUCAAUCAUUUAGCCUCUGAAUCCCGUACACAAUCCUUUCCAGUUGCUCCACCUCCACCUCAACCACAAUUUCAGCAAGGUAUUAAUCCAUGGACACCACAAAAUAAUCCCAACUUGAGAUUGCAUCAGCCAUACAACUUCUAUUUGCCUGCUGUUUCACAACCAUCACCAACAUAUUUGCCUGCUGGACCAACAAAUCGACCAAAUUACAAUGUUCCAUCACCUCCUGACAAUCAAGGCAGUCGUCCCUCAGGUCCCUCAAAUGAUGAAUUUGAUGAUCGCAUUAGUGGAUUUGAGUUACCUGACGAUCGUCCAGUUUGGGGAACACAAAAUAUCAUACCAAAGGGUGAAUCUGGUUCAAAAGGUAUGAUUGGAAUGAAAAAGCCUGUCCAAGAAAAGCCUUUCCAAACAACACAACGACCAUUUCAACAAAACCAGCCAAGACCAUCACCAAAUCAAAUCCCAUUAGAUGAAAUAUUUUACACUCCAAAUGAUAAACCAGAAGUGGAAUUAGAGUUUGCACCAGAGUUACAGGAAGACGUUACAUCGACAACACGAGCAUCAAUAAGACGACCAACAAAAAAGAGACAAAAGAAGGAUGAUUUGCGAACUACAACACAACAACCAACAUCAACAACAUUACGAUAUACGGAUCACAUAAAUUCUUUAUAUUCGCAACAGGUAAUGCCUAAAAAACCACUUCCAGCAUGCGUUCAGGCAAUCGUAAAUUGUUGUUCUAAGUACGAUGAUGUUGUGAGGUUGCCAUGCUUUGAGGCUCAUAAUUGUAAUGGGGCAUUUUUUGGUCGCAGUCCAUGCAGUCGUGAUAUUAGGCAGUCAGCAUUUAAAGAAGUUGAAAAAUAUGCAGAAUGAUUUAUUCAGAUGGAUUUUUUAAUUUUUUUUUAUAAGAAUAAAAUGAUGAACUUUUUGUGUAAAUUUAA